CAAACGAACUGUAGCUACUGUAGAGAAACGAACUGAACUCAGCCGUAUCUCCGUUCCCGACAAUAACUGGAUAUUAAUUAUGACUCUGGAAGAACUUCGUGGACAGGAAAGCACAACCGAAGCCAGUGACAGAAUGCAGUGUGCUGGCAGUGCCCUCGAGGAGCUUUUGGUCUCCGCAAAGAAGCAGGACUGCCUGACAGUUGGCGUCUACGAAUCUGCAAAAGUCAUGAAUGUUGAUCCCGACAGCGUGGCUUUCUGCGUGCUGGCCACGGACGAGGAGUACGAGUGCGACAUCGCUCUGCAGAUCCACUUCACGCUCAUCCAGGCGUUCUGCUUCGAGAACGACAUCAACGUGGUCAGGGUGAACGACAUCGAGCGCCUGGCCGACAUCCUCGGCAAAGAGGAGUCCGGUGAACCGAAGGACGCUCACUGCAUACUAGUCACGAGCUCCGACGAGGACUCGUGGAAAGGCUCCGCUCUGGAUAAGCUGAGCGUGUUCUGCGAGGAGAGCCGCAGCGUGUACGACUGGGUGCCCGCCAUCACCCUGCCCGAGCGAUGAACAGGGGCACUGGAGGUGGUGAUGAAGAUGAUGAUUGCUCUGAUAAAGAUGGCGAUGGUGAACCCGCUCUGAGUGUGACGCCAUCCCACCGGGACGGGUGGACGACCCUCCGGCAAACUCCCGGAAAUCUGUGGGGGGAUUAUCCUUGCAGGAGGGAUCGGAUGGACCGCAGAUUGGCCCGGAAAGUUCUGGAAGGGAUGUUGGACUUUGGUGCAGCAGAAGUCCAUGCUCAUGCCCCUGUAUCCCCGUCCCCCAAAAGACUGAACUGGGGGUGUAAGAGGGAGGGGAGGGGGGGGGGGGGGUCCCCUGGUGACAAUUGAGGAAAGUGACUCUUGGACUAUCGAAACUGGAUUGUGGAUGUUGCUUUUGGGGGGCGAAACUGAAACUUGAUUUGCAAAGGAGAAACUGCAAGAUGAGUCUUGUGAAGGGGGGCGAGAAAGAGAGGGGGAGGAAAAAGAUACAAAUGACUUUGAAGGGCAAAGACUAUGAACUUUGAUGCAGCUGUGCAAACGCUCGUGCAGAGCUUUUUUUUGUACGUGACUUCAAACAAACUGUUUUUCUACACGUGGAGCCGACUGAAGCGCUGGAUGAACUCUGUAGCGGCUUACUGUUCUGCAGCGGCACGUGGACUUCACAGACCUUUGAUUCACUACCCGCUGCUCAGUCACACACACACACACACACACACACACACACACUUCUUAUGCAAGCUGCCCUGUCUCAUUGUGUUCGGCCUGUACUGAAACUGUACACUGACCUCAUUAUGUGCUUGGUAAUAAAUAUUUGAAACGUUA